AUGAAAGUGGAGACUUUGCCCUCAUUCUUAGAUUUAUGGCAGUCUAUAUACGACACACCAACAGAUGCUAAGAUUCCUGGAGGUUAUAACCAGAACGUAUUGGUUAACUAUGGACAUGCACGAAUUAAACACGAUCAAUUGGCUGAAGCUCGUGCAAUACAUAUUAAGAGUGAUCAAAUUUCAAACAACUCUUAUGUUUCGGGGCCUCAUAUUCAGGCCAUUGAAUCCAAUUGCAAGUCAGGCUACGAAGUAUUUGGAAACGAAGUAUAUUCAACGCAGUAUAAUAGACAUCAGCUGGUUCAUCAGCCCAAGUCUGGGUCAAUCAACUCAGAACCAUCCACGGAAAUGAAACUGUGCAAUGUUCCUCAAAAAACGAAAAAAGAGAACACUCUAAAGCCUAUGGAGGUGCAAAGCCCAAUUACACAACACGUCAGGAUAAAAGAUUCAGCCGCUGAACAGUUUUUUGACGGACGUGAAUUAUCAGCUGUAUACAAACAGUUUAGUGACACUGGCACACAACUGUACUCUGUAUCUCCAGCACCCUCAAAGGAUAAUGAGUUGGAUUCAAGGCAUUAUGUGAUUGCGGUGCCUUUAAUCCCAAUGCAAUAUAUUCCAAGACAGCAUAUAUUGCAGAGAUCAAGAAAUGGAUGUAUAACUUGUCGUCGAAGAAAGGUAAAAUGUGAUGAAAGAAGGCCAGGAGGGUGCUUCAAUUGUGAGAGAAUGAGAAUACACUGCGAAGGAUAUAGACCGUUUAUUCCUAAGAAGAGAAAGAAAGGAAAACAUUGA